AUGAGCAGUUGGACUCCAAUAAUGAUGGCAUGUAGAUAUGGGCAUUUAGAUGUAGUAAAGUAUCUCCAUGAAAAAGGGGCAUAACUUGAAAGAGAACGUGGAUACUGCGCUAUUCAUGCUGCAUGCUACGGAGGAGAUUAUGACACUGUGAAAUAUCUAUUAGAAACAGCAAAUGUUAAUCCUAACCCAGAAUAAUACGAAAGAGUACCUCUAUUUAUUGCCAUUACUAUAAAUAGGCAAUUAAUAGAUCUCCUACUUAAAAAUGGAGCAGCCUAUGAAACUGCUUACAAAUAUGAUGAUAAAAAAACUGGUUCAAGUAUAGAGAAGUAUGUUAGAUACAAUGAUCAUCUGAGGAAAAUCAAUGAUAAAUUUGUACUUAAUCUUUCAAGGGCAGAUGAUCAAUCGAAAUAAUGCCUUAAUCAAAUUAAUAUUUUUAAAUUGUAAGGUAUUAAAGCAGCUUAGGAAAAAGGUAAGUUUGUUGGUAUUUAAAAAGAGGACUUUGAAGCAAUCCUUAAGUAUAUGUGA